AUGGUAAAGGUUGAUAUGCCAAAUGACUCAAACACAAAGUUUGAGAUUCAAAAGUGGCUCAAGAAAUACUCUAUUGCACAUACACCAUUCCAGUCAAAGGAUGAUCUCUUGUUUCUUGUCAGUGAGAACAAAAAGAAUGUCAUUGACCAAGAAAGAGCUGCCUAUAAGGAGAAAAAGUUACAAGAACAAGCUCAAAAGGAAAAGGAUGCAUUAAAGGCUGCUACUGCUGCUGCAAAGUCUUCAUACAAGUCAUCAUCUUCUUCAUCCAAUUCAUCAUCAUCUACUUCAUCUGCAACAUCAACAAGAUCAUUAGUAUCACCAUUUAAAAAGAUUCAAAUUGUAAAUGGAAAGGUAUUAUCAGCAUCUUCUAUUUCAGUAGCUGCAUUUGAUGAUUCAUCUUCAGUUGCAACAACAUCAUCAUUGACUGUUCCAUUAAAGAUUAUAAACAAACCAAGAAACAAAUUAAAUUUAAUUGAUAGAAUUGAAAAUAAUACAUUACAUGUAUUCAUUUCAUCGACAUUCAAGGAUAUGAUUGGAGAACGUGACCAUUUGAUCAAGGUUGUGUUUCCAGCUAUCAACUUGAGAUGCAAGGCAAAGAACUUGACCAUUGUACCAGUUGAUUUGCGUUGGGGUCUAACCAAGGAAGAGACAACUGUCAAGGGUCAAAUCGAACUGUGCUUGAAGCAAAUGGACAAGUGCCCGAUUAUGAUUAGUGUGGUUGGUGAAAGAUUUGGUUGGAUUCCAAACGAGUACAAGUUAUCGUCCAAUGACAGUGCCGACCCUGUCACCCAAUACCUCUCGUCGUUGCCAUUGGGUGAGAGUAUCACAUCGAUCGAGACGAGAUACGGUCUCUCUUGUCACAAGACCAAGCAUUCAGUUGCGCUGUUUAGAGAUUCGUCGUCACUUGCCACCACUCCACAAAUCCAAGACCAUUUUGGUGAAAAGGUCGAAGAGAGCAAGACCAAACUGGUAGCAUUCAAGGAACACAUCAAAUCGGAUGCACACUGUACAGUAUUGGAUGGAUAUCCAUGUAAAUAUAUUGGAGUUGAUAAACAAACGCAACAACACUGUGUCGGUAACCUUCAAGCAUUUGGUGAUUUUGUUAUCAACCAAAUGAUGGAUAUCAUCGAAUUGGAAUUCCCAAAUCCAAUUGAACUGUUAAAUGCUGCUCAACAAGAAGAAAAGCAUCAUUCACUCUACCAAACAAACAAGGCACAAUAUUAUUGGGGUAGAGAAGCUUUCCAAAAAAAGUUAUUGGAUCAUAUCCAUAACAACAAGUCUGUAUCACUCGACAAGAUUGCCAUUGUCUAUGGUGAACCUGGAUGUGGAAAGUCUUCUUCAUUGUCCAAUUUAGUCACUAAAUUGGAAGCUUUAAACACUCCAAAGACCUAUCUUGUACUCUCCCACUAUGUUGGUUGUUCCGGUGAAUCUACAAAUGUUCCAAAUAUCUUGGAAAGAUUUUCAACAAAGAUUUGUAAACAAUUAAAAAUUAAUCAUGAAAUUCCUACUAAUCUUGAAAUGUUAAGAACAGAAUUCCCAAAGAUAUUACAAAAAGCAAGUAAAUUGGUAAAGAAUAUUGUAAUUGUAAUUGAUGAUUUGGAUGAAUUAUCAACACAAAAUCAGUCACAUCAAAUGGAAUGGUUACCAGAUACAACUGAUUUACCGUCGAAUUGUUUUGUAUUGACAAGUUGUGAUCAAAACAAGACGUGUUGGGAUUACCUCCAUCUUCGUACAAAGAUUCCACAUACCUUUUACUUGUCACCUCUUGAAAUGACCGAUCGUUCCAUCAUUACCACUCAUACGUUGGAUCGUUAUAGCAAGCGUCUUGAACCAAAGCAAUUGGAUCGUCUUGUCGCCAAGACUCAUGCCAAGUUCCCACUCUACAUUCAAUUGGUGUGUGAAGAACUUCGUGUCAUUGGCAAUUAUGACAAGUUAAAUUCAAUCAUUCAAAAGAUUCCAGAUACCAUUGACCAAUUGAUUGUAUCUAUUCUUUUGCGUUUGGAAGAUGAUUUUGGUAGAGAUUUGAUUAAAAAGACACUUUGCUUUAUUGCUCUGAGUAGAUAUGGUUUGUUAGAGUCGGAACUUUUGGAUCUACUUCGUGAAAAGGGUACUCCACUAUCAUUUGUACAAUGGGCACCACUUUUAAUUGCCAUCUCCCCACUUUUACGUAAUGGUUUCAAUACAUCAAAAUCCAUCACAUUCUUCCACGCACAAGUUGCCAAGGUCAUCAUCCAAAAGUACUUGCCAACUGAAAAGAGUGUCAUUGUUGCACACACUCAACUUGCCGACUAUUACCAAAACCAAUGUCAUGGUACCGUCGACGGUAGUAGUAAAAAGUGGAAUGGUACAUUGUUAAAACCAUUUGUAGAGCUACCAUACCAUUUGACGUGUGCAAAGAGAUUCGAUUGGUUGGCUAAUCUCUUCCAAGAUCUCAUAUUCGUAGAGACCAAGUUCAAGUUAAAGUUGGGUCGUGACUUGUUGGAAAAUAUGUUGCUUGCCAUCACCGAGACACAAUCACCAACCCUGAGUGGUGAGCGUUGGACCGGUCUCAACUUUUCCUCGUCCAACCUCGUCCAAGAUAUUUACAAUUUCGUUCAAUACCAAGCACACAAUAUCGAAAGAUACCCAUUGGUUGUUGCUCAACAGGCAUACAAUCUUCCAGAUGAUUCAGUGUGUCAUAGUGUUGCAGAUCGUCAUCUCUGGCAAACAAAGGCACCCCAUUUCAAGUGGCUCAACAAACCACAGCUUUCAGACUUUGUCAUUGCUUCGUUGGCCGGUCACGAGGAUUUUGUCCGUUGCGCAUUGUAUCGUGAGGAUGGUAACAUGAUUGCCAGUUGUUCAGACGAUCGUUCGAUUCGUAUUUGGUCGGGAGAGACUGGUGCAUUGGUACGUGUCUUUCCAAAACUGCAUACUGACAAGAUCACUAAUUUGCAGUGGCGUGGAAACAACAACUUGGUGACCGUGUCUCGUGACAAGCGUGUUGUCUUGUGGGACGAGUAUGGCAAGGUGUUGCACGAGUUUAACGGUCACAGUCAAGCGGUGUGGGGUGUAGCUGUCAGUGGUGAUGGUCGUCGUAUUGCCAGUGCAUCGUGGGAUAUGACAUGCAUCGUUUGGGAUAUCGCUUCGAAACAAAUUGCAUUUACAUUGACGGGACACACCAACAAGUUGUCUGCCGUUGCAUACAGUCCCGACUCUAGACUCAUCGCCACUGGUUGCUGGAGUGGUAUCGUCAUUAUUUGGGACGCUGUCACGGGCAAGCAAUUGCAAAGCACCAAGGUCUCUGACACGACCAUUCUCUACUUGAUGUUUUCGCCCGACGAAAUGCUCUUGUCUGCUUCAUGCGUCGACUCGUUCACUCAUAUCCUCGCUCGUCGUAACAACUGGUCCAAGGAAAUCGCCAAAUUAGAGGGUCACAAGGAAGCUGUCAUUUCAAGCAGAUGGUCGGCCGAUGGCAAGUUUAUCGUCUCUUGUUCAGAUGAUAAGACGGUCCGUGUGUUUGACUGCGCCGAUUGGAGUCAAGCAUCUGUCAUGACGGGUCAUUCUGGUCGUAUCAUUUCCGCCGCUUUCCAUCCCAACUCUUCCAAGCGUCGUAUCAUCACCGCCGCCACUGACAAGUUUAUCAAGAUCUGGGAUCCAAAGCUCGGCUACUCUGUCACCCAAGCCCAUCAAGGCCACAGAAAGGGUGUCAGCACACUCCAGUACGAUCACGAAAACGAUAUUCUCUACUCCUUGUCGGACGACCACACCAUCCGUUCGUGGACAGAUUUCCAAAGAAACGAUCUCUUGGUGCCAGGCAAUACCUACGAAAACAUAAAUUGGAAAAAGUUCAAGUUGCUUGACCCUCAAAUCUUUGGUUCUCUCAGCUUGGCCUUUGCCAUUGUGAGCAACGUUGGCACUGUACUCCAAUACUGUAUGGACAAAAAGACAAUGAUCAAAAGAUUGCCAGACACGGUCAAGUGCACUGCUUUUACCAUCACAGACAAUGACUCUUUGUUUGCAGUGGCUGAUCCAGAGGGUGUUGUCUAUGUAUACGAUGUCGCUACAUUUGAAGAGGUCUAUCGCAACAGACAUGGAUUUGUUGUCAACGAACUUGCCUUUUCUCCCUGUUCAACCUAUUUGGCAGCUUCCGACGGCAAGGGUACCAUCACUAUCCUAAAGUCUGGUGGUCUUGCCGACAAGACCUAUCAUCAAUGUGCCUAUUUGACUUUGGAGCCAAUGAGUGCCAUUACCUCGAUCAAGUGGAGUGGCGAUAGCUCCUCCUCUUCCUCCUCCUCAUCAGAGAUAGAUACAAGAUACAUGGCUGUUGGUACAGUAGAUGGUUCAAUCCAUAUUUUCGAUGUAAAGAGAUCAUUCUAUGUACAUCGUGUUACUACCAAUGUACACGCUUUUGGUAUCCGUUCAAUGGCAUUUUCCCCAUCGUCCAAGUACUUGUUUACAGCCUCGCUUGACAAGACUGCCAUCCUGUGGAAUGUAGAGACCAUGACCAUCGUGUCUGUAUUCCCAUUAUUCUCCAUUGCCACUUCAAAUAUUCUUUUCUUUAAGGAUAUACAAAAUGUUCCAACCGUCAUUUUAUCGGAUUACACCGGAAAGAUACACCACUUAAAAUUAAUAGGCGUUAAUGAAUAA